GGGACAUCAUGUCUUGCGGAUAAUCAAAAAUGGUACUCGGCUCGUCGCAAAGUUCGGCGAAGGAGCUGACCACUCAAAGUUCCAUUUUCCGCUUCUUGGUGCUCUUGCUGUGCUUCACUUCUGCAACUGGCGGGCAAAUCAACGGGAAACUCCUCAACGGCAAUGGUGUUUUUGUGUCCAGAGACGAGCUGCAGAACAAAAAUGUGCUGGGUGUAAUCACUGGAUUUGAUCUACUUGUUGUCGCUACUCAUUCGCGAUUUCAGGUCUUUGAAAAUAAUGAAGAACGUAGAACAGUUGGCCAUGUAUCACUUGAUAUGCAUCCACGCACCAAGUUUUUGGAAUUGAAGCUCUUCUCGAAAUCUGAAAUAUUUUACUGCGAUGAGUCAAGCUGCGGGUUAUGUACAUACUCCGGUGUUACAUCAUCGUGCUCAACAUUUAUGCUGAACGGAGAUGAGCCAAAAAUUCAAGAGAUCUUAAGUUCGAGUGCUGUGAAAAUAGAGAAUUUAGGGCAAAUAAUGUUAGCAAUUUCAUUUAAAAAUGAGGAAGAUCCAGACAACCCAAGAACAAUGAUUUUACGAUAUAAUGCUCAAGACACUGGAACUGUUAUCCCAACAGCGUAUCAUGCCGAUUCAAGUUUUAUUCACAACAACCAUGCCCUUACUGGUUUUGAAAGGGAAGGAUUUGUAUACUUCGUGAUGACUGCAAGCCAAAUCUUUGAGCCAGAAGUAUUUUUACACGAUCAGUCAAAUAACAAAGUUACGGUCACAAAAGUCAUUAGAUUCUGCGCGACAGAUCAAACUGCAGACUUGGCAUCAAAAAUCUCAAUUUUAGUUGGUUGCGAUCAAGAAUUUAGAAAUAUAAGUUCCCGGGGUGAGACUGCUGUUUAUGAUCAUGCAAAUGAUCUAAUCAACAUUGUGAUGUUCAAUCACACAUCUAUGAACCACUUAAUGUGUCGCUUCAAAAUGGCCAACAUUGAAAAACGAUUCAAAACUAUUUGGAGUACCUGCCAAGAAACUUCAUUUUCUGGCAGUACCGCAAAGACAACCCGUUGCAAGUACCCACAAAUUUUUGAUCAAAUGAAGGUAAAAAAGGGCUGCUUGACGUAUAGUCGAUUGGACGAUGAAUCAUCACCAACUCUUUGCGUGCGAUAUGGGAGAGGCGAUGCUCUGGACAAUUGUCAGCUUCACACUGCCAAAAGUAACAGCUAUCGGUACGGAUGGUUGGAAGAUUAUAAUGUUUUGCAAGGAGAGCUCAUGAUGAGAAUUCCUUAUCCUUUCUUUGGAAUCGCUGAAUCUUUAAUAACUGAUGGAAAGUCAUAUUUUGCCGCCGUCUCGGGAGAGUUUGAUAUGUCAGAUGUUUUAAGGUUUUCGGCAUCCGAAUCUGCAGAUAUUCGUCCACACUGGAGAACCAACAUCUCAGUUGUCGGAAAAUUCUCUAUCACAAAAACAAAGGAAAAUCAGCUACUCUACACUACGGUCGAAGGACUGCAAAGUUUGGAUAUUUCAUGCAAAGGGCUAUAUCCAAAUUGUCAGACACUGCGUCAAGGUGGAUGGGAAGAUCCUUUAGAGUGUUCCUGGUGCGCUGAUGACAACGCACAGCGAACCAUUACUUCUUCAGAAGUCAGCAGCUGCAAAAAUAAUUUGAAGCACGAGUGUCCACCAAGUAUGCGAUGGAUUCACAAGUACAAUAAUAACUCAGGAUUUACUGCAGUUGUUGAUGGCUUCCGUGCAUUGAAAAAUCCAAAGUUAAAUGCCUGCGGAACAAAUUGUGUAGUUACGGUUGUUGAUUCUUCUAGUAUUCAAUGUGAUACGAACCCAGAUGAAGUCAUCGGUGAUUCAUGCAAACAAGUAUUUUUAAGCGGUAUGAUUGGGGACAAGAACUACUCUUUCCCUUUUGACUAUCAACAAGCUGAUCGAGGGACUCAAACAGAUGUGAAGAAUAGUCAAGUUGACGAUAAGAAGGGUAGUAGUCCUGGAUGGAAGAUCGCAAUUGCUAUUAUCUCGGUGAUGACGAUUAUUCUGAUUGUCGCUAUAAUCGUCUACUACAUGAGGAAUCGAUUCCCCAGAAUUAAAACUCAUGUCAGACCGCCAAUUGGUCAACGUAUUGAGAACGAGUACGAUAUGGGACACAUGGCUGGAAGGCAGGCUCAGCUAGCAAUUAACGGAGACAACUACGUUAAAGUUUUUAGAAGCAUGCGUCCCGAUCUCAAAGUUGAUUUCAAGAACCUGCGCGUUGACAAGUUGGAUCCUAUUGGCCAAGGUCAUUAUGGAGUUGUCUACAAAGCGAUGUACUCACCAUCCAAAAGUUUGGAGGAAAAAGUUGUUUGUAAAUAUCUGAAAGAAGGAAAAAUUUCGGAAUUUUAUGAGGAAGCAAGAACAAUGUCUGAGUUUGACCAUCCCAACAUUCUCAAACUGAUCGGUGUUGCACUAGAUGAUUCUUCCCAUCUUCCAAUUAUAAUUACCGAGUAUAUGGCAAAAGGCGAUUUGAAGAGCUUUAUCGAAAACGUGGAAAAUACCAUCAAAAUGAGAGAUUUAUUCGAAUUCGCAUUUGACAUUGCGAAAGGAAUGAAUUAUAUGCAUUCGAAGAAGUUUAUUCAUAGAGAUCUUGCAUGCAGAAAUUGCUUAUUGGAUGAGCACCUCCGAGUCAAGAUUGCUGAUUUUGGUCUCUGCAGAAAAGUGGAUAUUGAAACGGAAUUAUAUGUUCAAAUGCACGAAAGAGACUUACCAGUGCGUUGGUUCCCGCCGGAAAUAUCCGAACAAGGGUUUGGCAUAACAUCCGAUAUCUGGUCGUUUGGAGUUGUUAUCUGGGAACUGUUCACACGCGGAUCUACACCGUACAGCAAUAUGGCUAGUUGGAUAUUGAUUCUUCCAUGGUUGAAGGAAUCAGAGACAAACAGGCUACGGAAACCUCCAUAUUGUCCCGAGAAAUUAUACACCGACGUGAUGUUGGCUUGUUGGAAAGCAAAUCCUGCCGAACGGCCGCAGUUUAGCGACCUCGUGACUAUCAUUCCAAACGUUGUGAAGUAUAUGGAAGGAUAUGAUCGCUCACAGUUACAAGCUGGUUAUGAGCGAGUAAGUAGUUUCUGAGCUUGUCACGUCACGACCCAGCAUUUCCAAUUUAUCAGAAUGAGAUGCCAAACACACCUCUCCUAGCAAACUGUCAAAACGAUACUAACGAUUCCAAAACUCUUGCCGAGCUUCCAUCCGACAGUCCUUCAACUUCAACUGCAAUUCCACAGAGCACUCCUUACCAAUUAUUGAGUGAAUGCUCAGAGACAUCGGUCUAAGUCAUCCAAGUUCACGAGGUAGAUUUCUGUUAGUUCCGCGUUCAGUUUCAAUAUUCAUGUAAACUUUUCUUCCACGACUUUGUAAUUGCGCACCACCUUUCGUCCCAUUCAUUUUCAAUAUGAAAAUCAAUCAAAAGUUAUUUUUUGCAAUCAAUCCGAUUCUGUCCCGAGUUACUGGUACUUUCUUUGUGAUUUGUAUCCUUAUGAAUACUUCUUUUUGCAUUUGUAUUUUCCAUCUUCCGUCUUAUUGCUCCAGCGGUUCUAGUUGACAAUUUGUUUGCGGGUUUGAUACACAUAUACUUUUCUUUUUUCAUCCUGUUCUCCUUUUCUAUGUACUUUUUUCACAUGGAAGUAAAUCAAUCAAAUUGAAAUGAGCAUAUUUUACAGAUAGAAUAAAAUAAAAAUAAAAAAA